AUGUCCCCUCCGCCCGUUGGCGCCGCCGCCACGAACGCCGGCUCCACCUCUGCAGCUACCACCGAGGACAGCCUCAAGGCGUACAAGCUGCUCGAAGCGCUUCGCAAAGGUGACGCCGGCCAGAUCGUGCCUCUCCUUCAAGAAUCCGCGACUGCGCCCAAGGCCGAGAGCGUGAGCGAGACGGGCGUGCUCAGCGGAGCAACGUCGCCGGGCACUGCGACCCCGCUCCACCUGGCUGUCCGAGUCGCCAAGUACCCGACCGUCGAGCUCGUCCUCAAGCACCAGCCGCGCACCCUCAACUCGCAGGACGGCAGAGGCCAGACGCCGCUCCACCUUGCAGCCGCACUCGACCGCCGCGACGUCCUCACCCUCCUCCUCGAGCAAGACGAGGCCGACGACACGUCCCGGGACCAGUCGGGCAAGACCUGUCUCGAGGUGGCUGCGACGGCCGAGGCCGCCGGCAUCAUCUCCUCGUCGCGCAACAAGUGGAACGAGAUCUUCCUCGCCCACCUCGCGGCAUACGUCGCGUCGCCGACCUCGGACUCGGCCUCGGCUUCGGCUUCGAACCGCGCAUCCGCCCUCAUCUCGUCCUCGCCUCGGCUUUCGACCUCGUCCCAGCUCCCGCCUACGCCCGGUCAAGCUUCUUCUGGUCCGCCUACCACCGUCUCUGCCGCGUCGGGCCACGUCUCGAACGGCGCCGCCGAGCGGCUGUACCACUUCAUCUGCAAGCCGCGCGCCACAAGCUGCGACUUUUCCCUGCGUGACCCGUCGACGGGCACCACGAUCCUCCACGAGGCCGUCCGCCGCAAGGACCUCGGCCUCAUCAAGCUCGUCCUCGCUCGCGGCGGCGACGUCCUCGCGCGCGACCGCCGAGGCAAGAUGCCGAUCGACCUCGCCAAGGACGAGCGCAUCCGGUCCGUCCUGCGCCAGAAGCUCAACUCGGAGGGCGUCGCGCUGCAGGCCGGGGCGGCGGGAGGAGCGGCGGCCGAGGUGCCGCAGGGUCCGCCGCCGGCCCUCAAGGGCUACCUGAGCAAGUGGGCGAGCGUCGCCAAGGGCGGCUACAAGCCUCGAUGGGUCGUGCUCGAGAACGGCGUCCUGUCGUACUACCGCCACCAGGAGGACGAGGGUCGCGCAUCUCGCGGCUCGAUCAGCAUGUCGGUCGCCAAGCUUGACCCACCGGGCAGCGACAAGCUCAAGUUCACCAUCAGCAACAAGCUCGGCGGCAAAUCGGCGCCGGCCUUCUACCUCAAGGGCAACCAUCCUGUCGAGGUCAUGCGCUGGUGCGACGCGCUGCGACAGAGCAUCGAGCUCGCGACGGGCGACAGCAACGGCCUCACCCGGUCGACGACGGCCAACUCGCUGCAGGCGCCGGCCGCUUCCUCGGACGGCGGCCGUCGUCCUUCGUCGACCACGACGCUCGCCGACGGCCUCGGCUCGCCCGCCGAGUCGGACCGCGCCAACUCGAUCGACGAGGACAACGACACGGUCGCCGAUGACGACGACGUCGUGCCGCACGCCGACGACUUCCACCUCAUGGAGCAGAGCACCAAGACGCAGAUCGAGCUCGCGCAGAAGCUCGUCGCCUCGCUCGGCUCGUCGUCGGGCGGCUCGAGCGACGCGCAGGACGCGCUCCGGCGGUCGCUCGUCUCGCUCGACCAGCUCUUCGACGAUUACGUCGGCGUCGUCAACGAGCGCGAGCGGUACUUUGCCCGGCGGUACGACAAGGAGGUGCACGCCAAGCGCAUGUGGGAGGAGAGCAUGAAGGAGGUCGCGGCGCAGCACGCCGCCAUCGAGGUCGAGCUCCACAAGGCGUCGCGCGAGAACACUCGCCGCAAGCGCGCGCUGCAGGAAGUGCGCGCCAACCUCGGCGCCGUGUCGCCCGGCCUGUCGCCCCGCCAGUCGAUCGUCGGCGAGGACGAGCGACCCGACCUGCGCACGCUCCCCUCGAACGGCAACGCGCCGCUUCCGUCGCCGCUCCGCAGCCCGACCAUCGUCGUCCCGCCAUCCCUGUCGCGCACGUCCUCGGCGACCGACACGCCGACGCGCAAAGCGCCCGUGUCGCUCUCGCCGACCCGGAUGCGCUCGCGUGCGGCCACGAUGCAGCCGCUCGCGCCCGCAGAGCUCGAGCAGAUCGUCCAGGACGCGCUCGUCAACGAGGAGGGCGUCGAGUCGAGCGACUCGGACACGGACGACGAGUUCUUCGAGGCCGUCGAGGCCGGCAACCUGCCGAUCGCGGGCGAGGACGGCGACGAGGGCCAGUCGGGCGGCGGCGGCGCCGCGCGCGAGCCCAAGCGGGCCGCACCGGCGCAGGAGCUCAUCGACAAGGUCGACAUGGUACCGUACAAGGGCUACGAGCAGUUGCGCGACAAGCUCCCCAUCACGAACGACGAUCGUCCGCCCAUGUCGCUGUGGUCGAUCCUCAAGUCGAACAUCGGCAAGGACCUCACCAAGAUCUCGUUCCCCGUCAGCUUCAACGAGCCCGUGUCGAUGCUCGAGCGCAUGGCCGAGGACAUGGAGUUCAGCGACUGUCUCGAUGCUGCUGCCGCCGAGCGCGAUUCGACCAAGCGCAUCGCCUUCGUCGCCGCGUUCGCCAUGUCCAACUACUCGUCGACCGUCGGGCGCAUCGCCAAGCCGUUCAACCCGCUCCUCGGCGAGACGUUCGAGUACGUCGACGUGCGCAAGAAGUACCGCUACCAGUCGGAGCAGGUGUCGCAUCACCCGCCCAUGUCGGCAUGCUUCGGCCAGUCGCCGAGCUGGGACUACUUCGGCACGGUCGAUGCCAAGUCGCGUUUCGGCGGCAAGAGCUUCGAGAUCCGGCCGACCGGCGUCGCCCACUGCGUCCUGCGCAUCCCGGACGAGUGGGCCGACCCGAGUUGCCCGCCCAACAAGCAGCUGCCCGGCAUGCGCGACGAGCACUACUCUUGGGUCAAGGUCACGACGUCCGUCUCGAACUUCAUCUUCGGCUCGCCGAUCAUCGACCACUACGGCGACAUGGUCAUCACCAACCACCGCACGGGCGAGACGUGCACGCUCACGUUCAAGCCUCGCGGCUGGCGCGGCGGCAACGUCGGCGAGAUCAAGGGCGACGUCAAGGACAAGAGCGGCCGCAAGCACUGGGACAUCGCCGGCACGUGGACGUCGCAGCUCGUCGCUCGUCGUGCAGGAGCCGGCAAGGGCGACCUUGCGCCCGACGCGACGCUGCCGACCGACGGCAAGGGCGACGUCGCGCCCGAGUACAUCCGCCUGUGGAAGAACUCGACCAAGCCUCCCGGCCUGCCGUUCAACCUCACGCCGUACGCCAUCACGCUCAACGACAUCAACCCGGACCUCAAGCCGUGGCUGCCGCCGACCGACUGCCGCUUGCGCCCCGACCAGCACGCGUUCGAGUCGGGCAAGUUUGACCGCGCCAACGAGCUCAAGGCCGAGCUUGAAGAGCACCAACGUGCGACGCGCCGAGCUCGCGAGCGCGGCGAGGUCCCGCCGCACACGCCGAGGUGGUUCUCGCGCUCGACCGACGCCGACACGGGCGAGGUGUACUGGCAGCCGGCCAAGACGGAGGACGACAAGCUCGAGUACUGGGAGGAGCGCCUGCGCGUCGGCAAGGCCAAGCUCGAGGGCCAGGACGCAGAGUGGCAGGGCGUCGUCCCGAUCUUCGGCGACAUCCACGUCUGAGCCUGGCCCCUCCUCUCGCACACUGUCCCCUUCUCACCCACGUCCCCCAUCUUCUCCUUCUCGCAUCUCUCCACUCGCGUAGUCUCAGUCCAUCGAGUCGCUGUAACUACUAGCCUGCAUCUUCCUCUG